GGGAUUUAUUUAAAAUUUGUUUUUAACAUGUGAAGUUGCUUUUGAGGUAAAUGGUUUUGUGGUUAAUCAUAUUUUCUUAUUGUAUUCAUUGACAAUAGUUUAUAUUUUUUCGAUGGAUUACAUUUCUUCAACCUCUUCCAUGUCACAAAGUGAAAAACCGGUUCGUAAGAAAGCGCGAUUGAUUCGUCCGGAAACAUCUGAAAUCCCUUCAAGUAUUGAAAAUACAUUUGAAAAACACAUCGAUGCAAACAUCUCGGGUCUUACAAAAUACUCUUCACUGCCUCUUGAAAGAGUAGAAAUUGAAUUACCCCAUCUUGGUUUGGGCUAUUUUGAAUAUCGACGUAUUGAUGAAAAAAGUGAAAACAAGAAAGAUCUCAAGGUAAACCAAACUUUAAUGGAUUUCGACCUGAAACAAAGUUUACUAGACAAUUUACCCAAGACAUUGGCAAAUAUUUAUGAUGGUGAUGAUCCGCUACCAAAACUGAAUGGCCUGCAAUUUGACAUUUUAUCGAUUCUUAACGACUACAAAGAUCUUCUUUAUUGUAAUCGAGAUUGGACUAAUGGCGAGCAGAUAAGAUUGGUCUACACUCUUCAUUGCCUCAACCAUGUGCUUAAAACGAGGAAUAAAGUUAUUCAUCACAAUGCCAAGUUGAAAACAGGCAAUAAGAAAAAUCCUGACUACCGAGACCAAGGAUUAACUAGACCCAAAGUAUUAAUUGUUUCACCUUUUCGGGAAAGUGCAUAUCGUACUAUCAAUUUAUUUAUUAACUUGGUUUCCAAUGAUGAAGAUGAAAGUGAACGCCUAAACAUCAUGAACCAUAAGCGAUUUAAAGAUGAAUUUGAAUCAACCGAGUCGACAAUAAAGCCCAACAAACCUCAAGAUUAUAAUGAAUUAUUCGCUGGUAACAUUGAUGAUUCCUUCAGGAUAGGGAUUGCUGUCACUAAAAAAAGUUUAAAGUUAUAUACCGACUUCUAUUCGAGUGACAUCGUAGUUGCCUCUCCUCUUGGUUUAAGACUAAUUAUUGGUGCUGAAGGAGAAAAAGAGCGAGAUUUUGAUUUUCUAUCUUCCAUAGAAAUACUAAUUCUUGACCAAACCGAUGUUUUUCUAAUGCAAAACUGGGAACAUGUUUUAGAUUUAAUGAAGCAUAUAAAUCUUAUACCAAAUGAUUCCCAUGGUACCGAUUUUUCUCGUGUUCGGAUGUGGGCCUUGGAUGGUCAUUAUAAAUAUUAUCGUCAAACGGCAAUCUUUAGCUCCAUCAGUUUUCCUCAGAUUAAUUCACUUUUUAAAAAUCGAUGUUUCAAUUAUGAAGGCCGGGUAAUCAUCAAAAGUCCUGUACUACCAGUUAAUGAUCAACUUCACCUUGUUUUUGUCAAAUGCCCUCAAUCGUUUUUCCGUUUCGAAUCGGAUUCAAUCGUUUCCUCGCCUGAUAAAAGAUUUGAUUAUUUCAUUCAAGUAAUUCUUCCAAAAUGUCGAGAAAUGGGUGAAGCUCAUACCAUGAUUUACAUACCGUCUUACUUUGAUUUUGUUAAAUUACGAAACUAUUUCCGUACAGAGGAUAUCAACUUUACCCAAAUAUGUGAAUACUCAAAAUCUGGUAAAAUAGCUCAAUCAAGAGCCUGGUUUUUCCAUGAAGGAAGAAAUUUUCUCUUGUAUACUGAAAGAAGUCACUUUUACAAUCGUUUUCGAAUCAAGGGAGUCAGGCAUUUAGUCUUCUAUCAAUUACCAACGUUUCCUCAUUUCUACAGCGAAUUGACUAAUCUAUUGCAUCCCAGUUUUCAGGGAAAAAAGUUCAAAGGUGAUGAAGCAUCGGUAAACUGCACAGUUAUUUUUGACAAAUUUGAUGUUAUUCAAUUAGAAAAAAUUGUUGGAACCGAGAAAGCCGCUUACCUCAUAAAAUCGGAAAAUGACAAUCAUGUGUUCAUAAGUCAAGCAAAGAUGUAAAUUCAAAAAUUUAAUUGUAAUUUUUCUUAAUUUUACUGACAAUUUUUGUUGAAGUUUGUUAAUAAAAAAUCUCUAAUUUAAAAA